GUGCGCAGGCUCCUUCGCCUCCCGCGAGCUCCUGAGGGGGCAGCCCGGCCUUGUCUCUCCUCAGUGGCUGAGCCGCCGCUGCUCGCUCGCCGUCGCAGUUCAUUCGCCCGCUCGCUCUGGAGCAGGGCGCUGCAGCUGCAGUGCCGGCCUCCGUGUUUGGUAAACAGAAGCCCCAGCGUGCCAGGAGAGUACAGCCUCUCGCCCGGCCCGGCGAGCCCCGACCGUGAACCGAGCUGAGGGAGGAUGGCAGCCUCCGGGGUGGAGAAGAGCAGCAAGAAAAAGACCGAGAAGAAACUUGCUGCUCGAGAAGAAGCUAAAUUGUUGGCGGGCUUCAUGGGAGUGAUGAAUAACAUGAGGAAACAGGUAGCGCCUCUGUGAGAGUGAUGGACGGUGGCGGGGAGGUGGUCCGGGUCUCCGGCCCCUUUCUCCUGGGCGGAAACCCGCGUCCUGGGGAUCGUGACCCUCCUCUCUCUGUCUUCUCCCUUCGCGCGCAAGCGAAGAUGCUGUUAGCAGAGGGUCACGUUAACAGUUCUCGAGCAAAAGUGCUUCCACAUCUACUGCUGUUGUGGCUCCAAAGUCAGGCUCCUCCGGCUGGCGUUCGGCGUUAGGGUACCGGUUGUGUGACAGGUCUGUCCUAGUUACCUCUUUGUGAGGCGAGGAUCCUUCCAUUGGCUAGCCGUUUUUAAGGUGUUGUGAGGCAUUGGGUGAAGAAGUCCAUUGGUACAGCCUAUCCGAAACCCCCAAAGAAGGAAGUGUUGCUGUCCUGAAAUCAGCUAUUCUUGAGUAAGGAUCCCGCCCCCCUUCUGUAUUACCGGGUGGAGCUUGUUGAAGACAAAUCCUCCUCACGUGUUAAUUUAGAGGAAAAACAGUCAUCGGUAAACACAUGCCAUCUUUUAAGAGCACGGAGCGCCCCUGUUAUUAAGAGGAGCUCUUUGUUCUGUCUUUGAUGUGUGGCGCUGUUAAUGAAAGUCUUCGAUACACCCGCGAAAGCAAUCGCUGACUGCCAGGACCUUGUCUUUGUUCACCAUCUGCUAGCACGGUCAGUGCAAAGUGCCUGGUCAUUACCUCUCUACUUUUUGGGGACUGAGGAAUGGAAAAAUAGCUCUCCAUCAAGACCUGGGAGGCAUUUCUUACAUAAGUUUUUUGAAAACUUUGUGUGAUGUGAUCCUCAUGGUCCAGGAAAGAAAGAUACCUGCUCAUCGUGUUGUCCUUGCUGCAGCCAGUCAUUUUUUUAACUUAAUGUUCACAACUAACAUGCUGGAAUCAAAGUCCUUUGAGGUAGAACUCAAAGAUGCUGAACCUGACAUUAUUGAACAACUUGUGGAAUUUGCUUAUACUGCUAGAAUUUCUGUGAAUAGCAACAAUGUACAGUCUUUGUUAGAUGCAGCAAACCAGUACCAGAUUGAACCUGUGAAGAAAAUGUGUGUUGAUUUUUUAAAAGAACAAGUUGAUGCCUCAAAUUGUCUAGGUAUAAGUGUUCUAGCAGAGUGUCUGGACUGUCCUGAAUUGAAAGCAACUGCAGAUGACUUUAUUCAUCAGCAUUUUACUGAAGUUUACAAAACUGAUGAGUUUCUACAACUUGAUGUUAAGCGAGUAACUCAUCUCCUCAACCAGGACACUCUAACUGUGAGAGCAGAGGAUCAGGUUUAUGAUGCUGCAGUCAGGUGGUUGAAAUACGAUGAACCUAAUCGCCAGCCAUUCAUGGUUGAUAUCCUUGCUAAAGUCAGGUUUCCUCUUAUAUCAAAGAAUUUCUUAAGUAAAACUGUACAAGCUGAACCACUUAUUCAAGACAAUCCUGAAUGCCUUAAGAUGGUGAUAAGUGGAAUGAGAUAUCAUCUGCUAUCUCCAGAGGAUAGAGAAGAACUGGUAGAUGGCACAAGGCCUAGAAGAAAGAAACAUGACUACCGCAUAGCCCUAUUUGGAGGCUCUCAACCACAGUCUUGUAGAUAUUUUAACCCAAAGGAUUAUAGCUGGACAGACAUCCGCUGCCCCUUUGAAAAACGAAGAGAUGCAGCGUGUGUGUUUUGGGACAACGUAGUAUACAUUUUGGGUGGCUCACAGCUUUUUCCCAUAAAACGAAUGGACUGCUAUAAUGUAGUGAAGGAUAGCUGGUAUUCAAAACUGGGCCCUCCAACACCUCGAGAUAGCCUUGCUGCCUGUGCAGCAGAAGGCAAAAUUUAUACAUCCGGAGGUUCCGAAGUAGGAAACUCAGCUCUAUAUUUAUUUGAGUGCUAUGAUACAAGAACUGAAAGCUGGCACACGAAGCCUAGCAUGCUGACUCAGCGCUGCAGCCACGGGAUGGUGGAAGCCAAUGGCCUGAUCUAUGUUUGUGGUGGAAGUUUAGGGAACAAUGUUUCUGGGAGAGUGCUGAAUUCCUGUGAAGUUUAUGAUCCCGCCACAGAAACGUGGACUGAGCUGUGUCCAAUGAUUGAGGCUAGGAAGAAUCAUGGACUGGUAUUUGUAAAAGACAAGAUAUUUGCUGUGGGUGGUCAGAAUGGUUUAGGUGGCCUGGACAAUGUAGAAUAUUAUGAUAUUAAAUUAAAUGAAUGGAAGAUGGUCUCACCAAUGCCGUGGAAGGGUGUGACAGUGAAGUGUGCAGCAGUUGGUUCUAUAGUUUAUGUACUGGCUGGUUUUCAAGGUGUGGGUCGUUUAGGACACAUUCUUGAAUAUAAUACUGAAACAGACAAAUGGAUCGCCAACUCCAAAGUCCGUGCUUUUCCAGUAACAAGUUGUUUAAUUUGUGUUGUUGAUACCUGUGGAGCAAAUGAAGAGACCCUUGAAACAUGAAAGAGUGAACGUCAAGACUCAUCAGAGACUCAAAACUAUGGCCACCAGUGCUUUGUUCCAAGAUUUUGGUUACAGAGUUUGGGGUUUAAUGUUUUGUUUUUUGUUUUUUUGGUUUUUUUUUUUUGGUUUUUUUUUUUUUAAAGAAAGUUUCAAGUAAAGUAAGAUCUCUAUAAAAUAGUUAUUUCUUUUAUAUGGAUUUCCUGACUUAAUUAGAAGAUCAUAUUUUAGCUGGAUAUAUAGCCAGGAACAUAUCUAGCAAGAAAACUUGAAAAAUUAUAAGCAUAUGGUGAAAAUAUGAAUUCUUGAAUGAGUUUCACAUGUAUAAGUAUGAUUUUGGCAGACUGGGUGAUUGGCUCAUCAGUGAAGCGGCCUCAUCUUAUUUCUAGUUUCUAUUUUCAUACAUCAUAGAUGGGCUGUGUAGUUCGAUCUGUUUCUUCUCAGUCAGUAACUAAGGAGUACUAUAAAUUACUAGCCACAACAGGCAACUUUGAUGGAGCAGCUUUGUCUCACAUAAUGUUUCUUGUCUUCAUCUGCUUCUUUAUCAAAUGUGUUUCAUUUUAAAAGUAAACCCAGAGUGAGUAAAGGCACACACACACACACUCUCAUAAGACGUCAUAAACAGAUUUUGGGAAUUUUAAAUGUGCCCAACUCCUCAGGAAAUAUAUUCAAUCCAGUUAAAUUUAUUCUGACUUUUUAACACACAAUACAAGCUUAGUACCCAUCAUUAAUUUAUUUCACUGUUUUACCCAGUGGUUAAAAAGGAUUGUUCCUCUUCAGUCCUCACCAUUAAAUAAAAUUAAAUCCUAGUAAGAAGACAAAACUAUUUACAAUAAAUUUCUAGAUCACUAGAAUAGUACUGAUAGUUGUACCACGGUGUCUUUGUUGACUUUGAAAUUAUUAAAGAUUCCAAAAGAUACAUGAUCUUUUUUUCCCUCAGCAGGAGACAUCAGCGAUACAUUCAACCGAGUGAUCUCUAAAAGUUUUGUAAAAAUUUCAGUUUUAAAACCAGAUGUUCAUUGCUUUUAUGUGGUCAAUAAAUCUUUUACAAACCCAGCUACUCAUUUCUUUCCUGGUAAUGUUUUGCCCUUUACACUAUCUAUUAAAUGAGCCAUGUAAAGCUGUCAUCAUCAAUGUUUUGUCUAUUAAUAUUAAUAUUAAAUAUUUUUAACUUAAAAUAGACUGCCCUAUUUUAUGCAUCUUCAUUUUAAAUGUGUUAAUAGUUGUUUUUAAAAUUUGUGAAGCAGUGUUUCUAUUUUAAUUUUUAUUGUGUUCUUAUAAAUAAUAGUCUUGAUUCCUAAAACUUUUUACAUAAAAAAGGAAUUAGAAAAGCAUGAUGGGUUUAAUUAUAUAUAUGCAGGAUUUUUUAUGUAUAUAACAGCUUUACCAAGCUAUAAUUCACAUACCAUACAAUUCACCCUUCUAAUAUGUACCAUUCACUGUUUAUUAGUAUAUUCAUAGAGUUGUGAAACCAUCAUAUCAAUUCUAAAACAUUUUUCUUACCCCAAAAAGAAACCCUGUACCCAGAAGCAGUCGUCCCCAUUUCCUUCCAGUACCCCACCCAUCCCUGCCCUAGGCAACCACUAGUCAGUCUACUUUCUGCCUCUAUAGAUUUGCCUCUUCAGGGCAUUUUUAUGGUUUUGAAUUGUGUAUUCCACUGAAAAUUUUUGCUAGUUUAGUUUUUUGGAAGGCAGAAUAUCCUUUUACCAUAUUAUCACAAUAUUAUUAUAUGGUUAUAUCACUUAAUUUAGUAAUAUAAUCUUGCAUGUGGAAUACCAUCACUGUUUGAGAUAUUUUUAAAUAUACUAGCAAAGUGUAUCAACUGAUUAGAACAUUGGGAAGUAUGUAGAUAGGUUGAUGUAGGUUAUCAUUAGUGUCUGUUGUCUGCCUUAGAAAUAUUGUACAAAAUAGUGCCAGAAUAAUGAAUAAAAGACGGUCUAUCGACAA